AUGGCGGCUGGCAAGGAAGCUGUGUCCUUUGAUGCGAUAAUCCAAGCCGAACGCCAGAAGAGAAAAAACGAGGCUCUUGCCAAUGAAAUUCUAACCAAGAACCGAAGAGUCAGCGCUCCUGGGUCUGGUGUGGGAAACCGAAAGCAGGCUGCUGCCCCUGGAGGAAGCCUUGCGAGCAGGAUUGGGGUAGCUAAGCGUUUCGCAUCGACUUCGUCCAAGCCAGCGCUCACGGCUGUACGCUCCCACCUCUCCUCGCGCUCGACUUCUGCGAACGCGCGCCGCGCACGUGAGGAUCGCCUGCUAGAAGCGAUCAACCCGGAGAAUGGACAAGCACAAAUUCGCGACAACGACGUCGGUAUCACCAUCAAGGGGGCAAGCUCAGGGCCCUUUAUUGUGGUGGGGAGCAACUUUGCGCCAGGAACCACCGCUGCUGAUAUUCAGACCGCUCUGGAACCCGUCGCUGGAGAAAUCGUAAGCUGUCGGAUUACUUCGCAGUAUCCUAUUGUUACGGCCGAAAUAGCAUGUGCAGAGAGAUCGGGCGCCGAGAACGUUGUUGCCAAGUUCCACAAUCAAAAGGCGGAUGGUAGAAUUCUUUCAAUGCGCUUGAAAACCGCCGGCACUUUCAACCCUCCCACAGGUCCUCGCGCUUUAUCGAAUUCUCAGACUCCAUACGAUGGAUUAAGGGAGCAAGCAGAUCGCGAGCGCAGGGAGAACCGCCGAGCGGACCCUCAGAUCCAGGACGGCACUUAUGGUUUCGACGAGCAAAAUGGCCAGCCGUUUGACAAAAACGGCAGAGGCAAUGCACGAUUCAACAACCGGAGAGAGAACGGCCCUGCCAGAGGAAAAGGGGCACGCGAACAGCAGGAAACUGGUCUGUACAGCGACGAGAUGAUGGUUGAUGCUCCUGCGCAGGGCUCCCGCAGAGGCCGUUUCCGAUAA